AUGCGUGGAGCCGAAGCAGUUGUCCGGGCCCUAGAACAGGAAGGAAUACGUUACAUAUCCGGUUUUGCCGGCGGUGGACUCGCCCCCCUCUGGGGCCCCUUGCGCGCCUCCACGGUACGGCCAUUUGCCGCCCGCAACGAGCGCCUCGGCGUUGAGAUUGCCGACGGCUACGCCCGCGCCACGGGUGAGGUCGGCGUCGCAAUGACCGGCACCGGGCCGGGCGCCACCAACUGCCUCACCGGCAUCGCCGGUUGCUAUGCCGACAACGUUCCCGUGCUGCUCCUUAUGGGUCAGCACCCGCUGCGGAACCUCGGCCAGGAGUGGCAGCAGGAGGUCUCCGCCAGCAUCUUCGACGGCCUGUGCAAGUGGCGCGGCUCCUUCACCCGCGUCCAGGACAUCCCCCAGGUUAUGCGCCGCGCCUUCACCGCGCUCCGUUCCGGGUCCCCCGGACCGGUGGUGCUGGAAAUGCACCAGGACGUCCUCACCGCCGAGGCCGACGAGUCGGUUCUCGCCUACACCCCGGUAGGUACCCCCGGCAAGUCCGGCCCCGCCGAUGCCGAAGUCCAGCGCGCCGCAGAUAUGCUGGUCGGCGCGAGCCUCCCAGUCCUCAACGCCGGGGGUGGCGCCAUGAGCGCCGGCGCCGCUGAUGAAGUCCGCGAGCUCGCCGAACUGCUCUCCAUGCCCGUCGCCACUACCAUUAUGGGCAAGGGCAUCUUCCCAGAAAAUCACCCGCUCUCCCUCGGCGGCGGCGUCUACCCCCGCAGCCGUUACGCCUCCGGCGCCGCCAUCCAGAUCAACCGGAAAGCCGAUGUCGUCCUCGCCGUCGGAAACUCCUUCCGCCAGCCCAACGGCACCGACGGCCGGCCAAUCCCGGCCGGCGUCAGCAUCAUCCACAUCAAUGCCGAUCCCGCUGACAUCAACAAGACCUACCAGGUCGAUCUCCCUAUGCUCGCGGACGCCAAGCUGGCCCUCCGCGCCAUCAUCGACGCCGUCCGCCAGCGCAUCGGCCCCAGCGGCGGCGGCAUCAAGCAGGAAAUCGUUGAUGAGAUCCGCGCGUGCCACGAGAAAUCCGAGGCCGAGUGGAUGCCGCGCUUCACCGACUCUGAGACCCCUACCAACGGGUACCGUGUCGUCCAUGAGCUGCAGCAGCUGAUCGACCCGGACCGCACCAUCGCCCUCCAUGACGCUGGGGGCAGCCGCGGUUACGUGGUUCCCUUCUGGCAAACCACUCGCCCGCGCAACUUCGUCGCAAUGGGCGGUAUGGCUGCCAUGGGUUGGUCCGUCGGCGCUGCCAUCGGCACCAAGCUCGGCCGUCCUGACCAUCUGGUCGUGCACGUCCUCGGCGACGCGUCCUUCGGCAUGACCGGCAUGGACCUGGAGACCGCCUCCCGCAUGGGCCUGCCCAUCCUCACCGUCGUCAUUAAUAACGGCGGGACCGGCGGCGGCAUGAUGGGCAUGGAAGACCCCAACGGAACACCCCCGGAGAUGGCCGUCCUCGGCGGUAACUUCAGCGUCGUUGCCAACGGCCUCGGUUGCUUCUCCGAGCGGGUGGAGCAUCCCGAGGACAUCCGCCCGGCCUUCCAGCGCGCCAUCCGCGCCACCGAGGAAGGCCAGUCCGCCCUCGUCGAGGUCAUGAUCCGCCCGCUGCCGACUCCGGAAAUCCCGGACGACUGGUCGCUAUAA